AAAAGGUAUAAAAAAAUAACGCCAAGCCAAAAUGGCGUCGGACGAUGAAGAUGUACCCGAAUCGGGUGCUGUUUUCACUUUUGGAAAAACUCGUUUUGCUGAUAACUUGGCAAACAAAUUCUGGAUUCGAGACGAUGCUGUGGUUAAUUUAUCCUGUGGAGAUGAACAUUCAGCUGUAGUUACAGCAAAUGGUAAAUUAUAUACCUUUGGAUGCAACGACUGGGGACAACUUGGUCAUGGAAAUACGAAAUCUUAUACAAAACCCAGCGUAGUUAAAAAGCUAAAGCCUGAAAAGGUUUAUAUGGUAGCAUGCGGCAGAAAUCAUACCAUUGCAGCAACUGAAUCUGGUCAUCUUUAUAGCUUUGGGUGUGGUGGAGAUGGGCAGCUCGGACAUGGGGAUGCUGAGGAUUCCCAUGUACCUAAGAUUAUAGAAGGUCUUGAUGUACAGAAGUACAAGCACUUAGCUUGUGGCUCGGACUUCUCUGCAGCUAUUACAGAGAAUGGGGAAUUGUACACAUGGGGGUCCUGUGGUGAGGGUCAGAAUGGCCUUGGAGAAGACACAGAGAUACCCACCAGGCUUCACCUUCACGGCAAGGUGCGCACGGUGUCAUGUGGGUACUAUCAUAUGGCCGUAGUCACAGAGGAUGGCUCCCUAUAUAUGUGCGGAGAGAAGGAGGGAGGCAAACUAGGCCUUGACCAUGAACAAUUAGACAACACCUCACAGCUACAGAAAAUUAAAAGCAUAGAGGACCAAGUCGUAGUUGCAGCCUGCGGGGCUGAAUUCACUGCUGUAGUGACUGAAAAUGGAUCUGUUUAUACCUUUGGUCAAGGCAACCAGGGACAGCUAGGCUUGGGAUCCUCUAUGAUGGAGACAGAGUUCCCUGAGAGGAUACCAUUAUUUGAGAAAGUCAAAGCCAGGACUGUUAGCUGUGGGGAGUCCUUCACAGCAGUAAUAACUAAGCAUGGAAAUUUAUACACGUUUGGAGAUGGCCGGCAUGGCAAACUUGGACUUGGCGAUGAGUGUUUUUCUAACACCUUUAAGCCGGAGAAAGUCAAACGAUUUAAUAACUUUACUGUAAAGAUGGUGACUUGCGGAGGGUGUCAUAUGUUGGUGGCAGCAGAGCGCAAGGAUGAGGGCGUUUGUAUGACAGAUAGCGAGGAGGAGGCGGAGAAAGAUGUUUUGUCAUCGUCAAUAUCAUCAAAUAAGGGAACCCUCUUGGAUGUUGUUGAUGGACCAUCGGAUAUGAGUGCAACGUGGGGAUCAGCCCGGGACAAAAGACGCCAGAGAAAUCUAGAUAGUAUUGGUAAUAGUUUAGGCAGCUCUUUGCCACCCAUCAAUAGAUCCUCACUCCCCCCGUUAAGCGGGUUAGGCGGGCGCACAUUACCUGCCUUAAAUAAGAUAAGCACAGGGGAGAAGAAACCGCUCAAAGCUGCCCUAAACCCUCUGGACAUGUCAAGAUUACCCAAGAUACAUCCACCAGAUGAUGAACAAGUUGAUGAAGAUAAUAACAUUAAAAACAAAACAACAGCAAAGAAAAUCGAAGAGCCCUUGAUAAAGGAGACCUCUUCAAAGACUUCAGAAUCGACUCCCACGGCCUCACCCCGCCCACUCCCCCGCGGCCUACCCAAGCCACUCCCAAGGACAAAGAAGCCUGAGAAAGAGGAAGAAGAGUCCGAAGAAGAGUCUGAGGAGGAGUCUGAGGAGGAGGAAGAAACAGAAAAAGUUAACAAAGAUGCACUAAAAGCAAAAGCGACAGAGGUGAAACAAGUACCCAAAAAAGAAGAGGAAGAAUCAGAAGAAGAGGAAAGCGAAGAAGAAAGUGAGGAGGAUGAGGAAGAGGGGGCUAAGCCAAGUGCAUCUGCCAAAAUUGCAAAGACAAGUGAAACUGAAAACAAAGUUCCCAAAGUUGAUAAAGAUGACGAGGAAGAUGAUGAUGAUGAUGAGGAGGAGAGCGAAGAAGACGAGAGCAAUAAGCCAUCCAGCCGCCAAGUGACCGCGGAAAAAGAGGAUAAGAAAGGUAAGAAAAAGAAAAAAGAGGAGGAGGAGGAGGAGGAGGAUGAAGAAGAAGAGGACGAAGAUUCGUCUGGAAAGAAGAAAGGAAAAAAAGAUUCAAGCGAAAGUGAAAAAGGAAAGGCAAAGAAACAAAGGAAAGGAAAGGAAAAGAAAGGGAAAGAAAACAAGAAAAAUGACGACGAAGAAGAGGAGAGAGACGAAGAAGAAGAUGACGAAGAAGACGAUUCCAAGAAAGCGUCCGGAAAAGGGAAAAAGGGGCAAGAUAAUAAAAAGAAAGGCAAAAGCAAAAAGGAUGACGAAGACGAGGAGGCAGAGGAGGAUAACGAGAAAACUAAGAAAGGAAAAACGGACAAGAAAGACAAGCCGAAAGAAAAGAAAAAGAAAAGCGGAAAAGAAGACGAAGACGAGGAGGAGGAGGACGAAGAAGAAGAAAAUAAAGAUGGCGACAACAUUGACGCGAAUAAAAAGGAGGACACUACUGUUGCUGAGGGCGAUAAGAAGGCGGCCGCCAAAAAGGAGAAAAAGUCUGGGAUAUGCGACAUUCUAUGAUCGUAUUCUGGAGUACAACUGCUGAGGACUGCUUACCAAGUGACCAUGUUUUAAGUGGUGUUAUACACAGUGAUUCCAACAAGCCCGCUAACAAGUCCAGGCUUUAUUAUAAUCUGGAGAGUUAUGGCUUGUUGUUAUGGUCUGUUCCAUGUAGAAGGACAAGGUAUAUUGAACAAUAUUUUAUCUAGAAGGUUACUCCUAAAAGUUUAAGGUGACUUGGUGUACCAAGAAUACGGGCCUCCUCUAUGGUUUUCAGCACGGUGACUUGACAGCAGAUCUGAUAAGAUAGGUCGAUGCAAGAAACCUGGAACCCGCUCUUGGAUUCGCUCCAGAGCAAAGAUACACACGAGGAAGGCUAUCCCUAAAAUGUCAUACGCAGGGGAAAAUAUUGGAAAUGGACAACUUCUUGGCCCUUUGCAGUUGUUGUGUAGUUAAAAAUGACUUAUUUGCUCUUUGUAGUUGUUGUGUAGUUUGAAAUGACUUCUGGGCUCUUUGAAGUUGUUGUGUAGAUAAAAGCGACUUCUGGGCACUUUGCAGUUUUGUGAAGUUAAAAAUGACUUGUUGGAACAUAACUACGCUCUCCUUUGAGCACCCGAACACAACAUACUGGUAUAUCGAAAGACUUGGACUUGAUAAGUUUUGUGUACACUGUUUUACCUAGCUACAGACCUGAAUGUAUGGGGGGAGCAAGUAGCCUGCUAGCUGCGGCCUCUCCCUGGUGUCAGCUCAGCAAAGGGCCCCUGCUAGUGCGGGAACAAGGAGGAAACGUUGUGUUUGGCUUUAAACACCGUUAAUUGGACACGUCUCAUUUCGAAUGCUUCGUUUAGAUUCCAAAGAGUAUUGGUUAAAAAGGGAAAUUAGAGUUAAAUAUUGGCCUUUAUCCUCAUUAUAGCUGCGAUGAUUUUAGGUUUCCAUUCACAUGAGCGAUUACACACCUAUCUCAAAUAGUGCUAAACCAAGUGACCGUUGUAAAAUCAUGGUUCUUGGCCUAAGUUUAAACGUCGUAUUAUCCAUGAGCCGUAUUCGAUGCAAAUGCAUGCAAAUGAAUCGAGUCGAUUGUUUCAUCUUCAUUUACAUGCAUUUGCAUUAAAUACGGCUUAUGGAUAAUACGACGUUUGAACUUAGGCUAAGUACCAUGAUUCAAAACCACCUCGGAAGGAUUGUAAUUUAUAAAAAAAAAAGUAUUACCACUAGCCUGCGUCGCAAGAGUUUGUUUGAGUCAUCAGCGGAAAUAGAGACAGGCGAAGAGUAUGGCCGCUUUUCACUCUCUAGUGCUACUGAAACCCUACACAAAAGCUUGCCACGCGGACUAGAGAGAGAUUCAUGUGUUUUAGCAAAGCGUGGUCAAUCAAUGUCCAAAGCAUGGGUUCUUUGGGUUCGUAGCACUCAGCGGCGUAGCCAGGAUUUUUGACAGGAGGGGGCCCAACAGGCCCUUUCAAAGCAGUUUUUUCUGUAUUUUAGAUAAUGUUUCAUACAUUUACUGUAUUUUUGGCUGUUAAAAGGAGGGGCCCAGGCCCCCUGGGCCACCCCCCUGGCUACGCCUCUGGCACUAUGAUGCAAGAUUUUACACUUCGAGGGCUCAACGUUUAUUGAAAUAGGUAUAUGUCUGUCUUUCCUUAGUGUUACCCCGCUCUUGUCUUGAGCUUUCCAAAUGCAAAUGACAAUCCAAGUCGAUUGUUCGCAUUUAUUUUCAAUUUUUGAAAGGCAUAUAAAAAGUAGGCGUUUCGCUCUUGAAAAACAGUUUUGUUGCAGCUCUUAUCCUCAAGCUAUCUUCAUGCCAGUUAUCGUGACAGAUUUAUGUAUUUAGAUGUUGUGACAUUUGAUAUUGGGUAUAGUAUCCACUGUACAGAUAGUUUUAUUAUUAAAAUAUAGACAAAACUGUU